AUGGUUCAAGGCAUUGCCGUCACACCAUUUAUACCAUUAGUUAAUGGUUUGAAACAAAGCAAAUUGUAUGCAAAACAAGAUCGCCAAAUGGAAGAAUAUAUUGAUAUGAUGAAUAAAUAUGGAAAAAUAUAUUUCACAUAUUUUUUAUUUAUUCCUCGACUACAUGUUUAUGAUGUUGAUUAUUUUGAAUAUCUAUUCAAAACGAAUAAUUCGUGUUAUUGUCGUAAUCGAAUGACUAAAUACUUCUUAGGCCCACUAACAGGUUACGAUACAAUGUUAAUAGCAGAUGAUCCAAUGCACAGUAAAAACAAAAAAGUUAUUUUACCAAUAUUUCAUAAUGUUAAUUUACAUUCAAUGAUUUCUAUUAUGAUUAAACAGACUGACAUAUUAUUGAAUGAGUGGAAAAAUGAAAAAAUGAGUACAACAUUAGAUACUAAAUAUAUUACAAUACAAGCACAUGAACAAUUUUCUAAAUUAACAUUAAAUAUUGUUGCAAAUUGUGUUUUUGGAACAGGUUUGCAAUCUAUACCGAAUGCCUCAGAGAUUAUGUAUAAUUCAUUAAAUCAAUAUUUUGAGAUAGCUCGAGAGAGAACGUUAAAAUUAUUUUCAUGGAUCUCGUUCAUCAAAUCAUUACCAUUAUUUGGUAAACCCGAAUUAGAUCGAUGUGUAUCAAAUAUACAUCAAAUUGCUGAUCAAAUAAUACACGAUCGUCGACAAGGCUUAACAUCAUCAACCAUUGAAAAGAACGAUUUGUUAGAUUUACUAUUUUCAGUUAAAGAUGAUCAAGGUUAUUUAUUUAGUAAUGAUUUAAUCAAACAAGAAACUCUAGCUUUUAUUGUAGCUGGUCACGAGACAAGCAGUAAUUUAAUGAGUUGGUGUAUAUACUGUUUAGUAUCAAAUCCGGAUGCAAUGGAUGACUGUAUUAAAGAAAUUGACAGAGUAUUAAAAGGUGAAUUACCAACAGCCGAAUCGUUAAAGCAAUUACAUGUUAUUGAUAGUGUAUUACAUGAAACGUUAAGAUUAUAUCCACCAGCUCCAUUAUCAGGGCGAGACUGUUUAGCUGAUAAUGAAAUUGGCCAUGGAGAUAAAAAAAUAAAAGUUUAUAAAGGAACAUCAGUUCAUUGGAAUACCUAUGUGUUACAUAGAAAUCCUGAUUAUUGGCAAAAUCCAUUAAAAUUUGACUAUACUCGAUGGAAGGAUAGUAAUGGUGAACGGAAACAGUUAGCUCAUCCAUAUUGCUACCUACCAUUUGGAGCUGGUCAUCGUUCAUGUAUCGGUCAAAAUUUUGCUCUCUUAGAAGCUCGAAUUAUGUUGACCAUGAUUUUACAAAAAUUUCGUCUCGAAUUGGCACCUGGACAGAAAAUUACACCUCAUGCAGUUGUUACAAUGAAGCCCAAAUAUGGUUUACUGGUUAAAGUUUACUCUCGUACAUAA